AUGGCUAGGCUGCCGCAGAAGAGCGUCGCCGUUCUGGCAUUGGUGCUCUGCGCCGCCACCGUAGCAGAAUCAUAUGGUUUCACCUUCCCGGUGUAUUCCGGCCAAAGGGCGUUCCACCAUCGCCGUGCGGUGUCGCGCGAGGCGGCGGCCGCUCAGCCCACCGCUAGUGGCCCGUCGAUCUCGCCCGUGCCGACGCCCGCGCCGCGUUCUGGCCCCGUGGCGCCCGUAGCGUUGGUCUCGCCGCAGCCCGCUCCGGCUACGCUCAUGCCCGUCACCCCGGCUCCCGCGCCGCUGAGGCCGGCGCUUCCCCCCGCGACGCCCGCGCCUGCCCCGACCACGCCGUCGCCGUCGCCUGCCGCGACCACGCCGUCGCCGUCGCCUGCCCCGACCACGCUGUCGCCGUCACCCGCGGUUCCAGCCUCGCUGCCGCCCACGCCCGUGCCCGGUACGUGUGCGACGCCGUCGCGCUAA